AUGGAUUCGUUGGAUCAAAAAGAUGUUGUAGCAAUUCUUGAAUACUUUGGCUGGAACUGGGAUUUAGCUGCAGAUCAUCUUCAAUGCGAUCCAAAACAACUUUAUGAAGAUUAUUCUCAAUUUCAAACGAAAAGACCAAAUGUUUUAACUACAGAAUCAGCCUUUGCAGCAGGCCAUAUCUCAAAGGAGUCAGUUAAAAAGUCGCAGCUGUUUAUUAAAGAGCAUCUUGCAGAACAACUUCCACUUUUAUUCAAGAAAGACUUAUCCGAUGAACAGAAGCAUGAUAUAGCUCAAUCCAUACUUGUUGAUAUGGGAUUUACUUAUAGAUUACUCCAUUCUCAAGAAUUUAUUGAUGCUUAUAAUGCCAUCGAAGAAGAAGCCCUUCAAUUAGAAAAAUGGAGAGAACAAGGACAAUAUCUGACGAUCCUUGAAGAUGCGUUAUAUAGAAUUGUUGGUGCCCAUAUGAACAAAGAAAAGUCUCAGUAA